GUACCUCUCUUAUCCAUACAAAUAAUACUCUGUGAGUCUGUGUUUUCCUACGGCUUGGUGAAACUGGAAAUAGUUCCCUCAAUAUUCUACAUUAUUCCAACAAAUUUAGUUUAAUACAUUAAUUUGCGUUUGUGAUUAUUAUUGAGCUUUGGUAUCUACUUAAAUUAUUACGGAAACAAGAAGAAACAUAAAGUACUGAAAAUGGUCGUCCGUCAGUAUAAUGAGGAAUUGAAGUACUUGGAGAAGAUAAAUCCCCAUUGCUGGAAAAUUAAAAAAGGAUUCCAACCGAACAUGAACGUAGAAGGUGUAUUUUAUGUAAAUAGCACACUGGAAAAACUAAUGUUGGAUGAAUUAAGAAAUUCAUGCCGGCCCGGUAUGACGGGGGGAUUUCUACCUGGCGUCAAGCAAAUAGCAAAUGUUGCAGCUUUACCAGGUAUCGUGGGCAAGUCUGUUGGCUUGCCGGAUAUACACUCAGGAUAUGGUUUUGCAAUAGGCAACAUGGCAGCAUUUGAUGUAUCUGAUCCAACUUCAAUUGUGUCUCCUGGAGGAGUGGGUUUUGAUAUCAACUGUGGUGUCAGACUUCUUAGGACUAACUUGCAUGAAAAAGAUGUGCUGCCAGUAAAGGAACAAUUAGCUCAGAGUCUUUUUGAUCAUAUACCUGUUGGUGUGGGUUCUAAAGGAAUUAUUCCUAUGAAUGCAAGAGAUUUAGAAGAGGCGUUGGAAAUGGGCAUGGAUUGGUCGCUGAGAGAAGGGUAUGUGUGGGCUGAAGACAAGGAACAUUGUGAAGAAUAUGGACGUAUGUUAAAUGCUGAUCCAUCUAAAGUCAGCCUGAGGGCAAAAAAAAGAGGUUUGCCACAACUGGGUACUCUAGGUGCUGGGAAUCAUUAUGCUGAAAUACAAGUGGUUGAUGAAAUUUAUGACAAAUUUGCUGCUGGUAAAAUGGGUCUUGAAAGAAUGGGUCAAGUUGUUGUUAUGAUCCACUCUGGAAGUAGAGGUUUUGGACAUCAAGUUGCCACGGAUGCUUUAGUUCAAAUGGAAAAAGCCAUGAAAAGGGAUCAAAUUAAUGUGAAUGACAGACAACUUGCAUGUGCAAGGAUAAAUUCGGUUGAAGGUCAAGACUAUUUAAAAUCCAUGGCAGCUGCAGCAAACUUUGCAUGGGUCAAUCGGAGUUCCAUGACAUUCUUGACUCGCCAGGCUUUUGCAAAGCAAUUCAAAAUGGCCCCUGAUGAUUUAGAUAUGCAUGUAAUUUAUGAUGUAUCACACAAUAUUGCUAAAACCGAAGAACAUGUUAUAGAUGGAAAAGCGAAGACCUUACUAGUCCAUAGAAAGGGUUCUACAAGGGCAUUCCCUCCACACCAUCCAUUAAUACCAGUUGACUACCAGCUGACUGGACAGCCUGUUUUAAUUGGAGGAUCUAUGGGAACAUGCAGUUAUGUGCUUACGGGUACUCACCAGGGUAUGACAGAAACAUUUGGAUCUACUUGUCAUGGAGCUGGUCGCGCUCUCUCUCGUGCUAAGUCGAGGCGUAACAUUGACUACAAGGAAGUUUUGGUAAAACUAGAGGAAAUGGGUAUUUCUAUCAGGGUUGCUUCGCCUAAGUUGGUUAUGGAAGAAGCUCCUGAGUCGUAUAAAAAUGUGACUGAUGUUGUUAAUACUUGUCAUGCUGCUGGAAUAAGUAAAAAAACUGUUAAAUUACGACCAAUUGCUGUAAUCAAAGGCUGAAUAAUUUUGUCCUGUAUCAACACCUAUUUAACAAUAUAAAUACAUGAGUUUUUAUACUGUA